AUGGACUCCACCACCCGGUCUAAAGCACGAAAGUACGGCUUUGCGUGUUUGGUCUGCCGGCGGCGCAAGGUCAAAUGCGAUGGGAGACGGCCGACCUGCGUCAACUGUGCACGAUCAAAAGCGGAAUGCUCCUACCAGGAGCAGACUGGUUUUACACUUCGUUUAGCCGAUGAAUUAAGGGAGGAACAGGCUCGGGUCCAAGAGCUUCGAAAUAACAUCAAGGAGCUAGCCGCGAUGGAUAGUGCCGAGCGAGAUCGUCGCCUUGCAGAUUUAGUCUCCCAGAUGGAUUUAAAUUACUCAGAAUUUGAACAUGCACGGAAUUCAAAUUCAAUCGUCUCCCCGUCCACGAUGGACGGGGCUGAAGAGCAACACACAGAUGAUGACGUCUCCUACGAUGGCGGCGCCCAAUUCAGCGUAGAUAUGGAAGGGAGACAGCACUACUUUGGAGCUACCUCGCGGUUCCAUCCUGUUCCAGAUUAUGACCAUCAGGUCACCGUUGGGGUCGAGAGCGAUGGACGUGAGGCACAGGAAAUGGAAGCUUACCACCGCAAAUGGCUCUAUUCAAAUGCCCGCUUCCAGCGUCCUUGGGAAAGAAUGGCUCAUGCAAACAUGAGUCAUUAUACAGAUGCUGACCCGAGCAUCUGCUCCAGUCUUCUAGAGGUAUACUGGUCAUGGCAGGCACCUCUUCAUAAUUGCAUUUAUCGGCGCUGUUUUUACCGGGACAUGGCUCUCGAUGGCCCGUACUUUUCACUGUUCCUCUUAAAUGUCAUUUUUGCUCAUGCUUGUCGCCACAUACCCGAAGAUGAUCCGCGGUUCACUCCGUAUGAGCGUGGGGAGACCUUCCUGCGAGAGGCGCUAUUGCUUUUGAUUGACGAGAUGAAACAAAGCAAGCCUCGAAUACCCACAAUUCAGGGCCUUUUAAUACUGGGAGGGCGUCAGUGUGCGGUGGGAAAAAGUAGCGAGGGCUGGCUAUACACUGGCAUGGCAAUCCGAAUGGUAACAGAUCUCGGCCUACAUAUCAAGCGGAGCAACACUUCAUUGAUGAAGGAAUUCGAGCCCGACGAUUUAGAAGUUCGGAAGCGACUGUACCUGUCGGUUUAUGCGUGGGACAAGUCAAUCAGCCUCUGUCUAGGACGACCGCCGUCCUUGAAGGAACUGCCGUAUAAUUCCGCUUCGCUUUUUGACAUCUCGGACGACGAGGAUUUGUGGCAGCCCCCAAAUUUACUCGAGGCAGACAAAAUCUACCCCAAGACGAAAUGCCACAGUACAUUAACAUUCAUGCAUUUCUGUGAUUUGGCCCAGAUAAUAAAUGAGAGCUAUGACACGGUAUAUAACGGCCGUGCCCGCAACAUGAACCCGAGUGUUAUAUUUGGACUGGAACAGAAACUGGUUACUUUCUACCAACAGCUGCCCGCCUCUCUUCAAAUUGAAGAUGGGGCGAACCUCCAAUUCUGCGUCCCACCCCAUAUUCUCUGCCUAAAUAUUCUUUGUCGCACUGCCUUGAUUCUUUUAUAUCGACCAUUCUUCAUUUGGUGCUGGGACGCUGAAUUGCGACAACACCCUUUGGCCCUCCGAGCUCAGACUGUUUGUACAGAACAAGCAGACGGUGUUAAUAAUCUUUUCCGGGCAUAUGGACGGCUAUUCCACUUCCAAUACCAAAGCUAUCUCAUAUCCUACUGCGUCUACACUGCCGCAACGAUUGAUGUGCGACUCGUCCGGCAUGAGGAUAAGAUACUCGCUGAAAUGGCAGCUGGACGGCUAGCGGUCACACUUCGCAUGCUAGAAACAGAAGUCAAACAAACGCCUGGCAUCAGACGAAGUAUUGAAAUUAUUCGAUCUCAAAUUGGCGGCCCGUUGGCUGCAACGUCGCACUCGCAACGUCCGAUCAACAGGGCGUCGGAAGUUCGGGAUGUCAGUCCUUCGAAAGGAGGAAGACAAACUACGUUGCCCCUGGAGUCUAUCGUUGCCCCAACCCACCAGCCAGUGUCGCCAUCUUCAACCGUACAAGACACCGCCUUAUACGGCUCGUCGGCCGAUUGCGUUGUGGCAGACCCGCCUCUACCCCUGCCAGAGGAUAUGAGAAUCGGCAUUGACCCAAAUUUACCGCUUGAGCCACAAUGGGCUGAUUGGAAUAUGGAUGAUUUUGGUGGUGGAGGUACCUUGCUUGUCAUCCUGGUCGCGGGGAAGAAUGAGCUGUUGAUGUUGGCUUGGAAGAUUGUCCCGCUACCGGGAGUUUCCAUCGGCUUCUUUGCUGCCUUAGGAGGAAUAGGACACGUUAUCCUUGCCGUUGUAGGGGGCAACGCUCGUGGUGUUGGUCUUGCAAUAUUUGGCCUGCCCCUCUGCGUUCUCGUGAUUGGCGUGCUGCUGUACCUCGUCGACAUGGGUGACAGCCAAGCAGGCAACGAGGCCGCGCUCGUGAUGGCAAAAUCCCUCAUUGGUAUCGGCCCUUGCUUCCACCAGGCCGCCCCGCAGGUGUCGGUGCAGGCCAUCGUGUCUCGACCGGACGUUGUAGCCGGAGUUAUCUGGAGAAGCGCCCUUCCGCGCAAACUGCAGCACUAUCUACCCGAUGAGCCAAGUACACCCCAGGUAGUCCCAUGCGCGAUGCCAUCGAUUGCAGCUACCGGGAGUCGAAUCGAUUGUUGGCGAGUGCAGUGCUGGUGGCCCAUUGCCCUGACACUUGUGGUCAUAUUCUUCUUGCAUAAUGUAAAGCUAGACGAGUGUCAGGAUGCAGGCGAGCCGGAUGAGGAGCCCGAGAAGAUAGUAAAGGCUGAGGCCAAGUAA